UUAGUGUGUAACUGAGUAAUGGAGUGAGUGUGUAGUUAAAUUUGGUUUUAUUUCAGUAAGUUAUUUUACCUUUGACAGGCUGUGGUUAUUAAAGUAUUUAUUUAUCGUAAUUAUGAACAUUAUAUACUGGAACUAUCUCCUAAAAGAAGGCUGGAACAUAUGUGUUUCUCCAAGACAAUUAUAAUUUAUUAUUUAUUUUAUGCGUAAAUCGUUCGAAAAAAAAGAAAACAUGUCUGGAAGUGUGACAAGGCAAUGCAUUAAAGGGAACCCAUCUCAAUAUGUGAAAUUAAAUAUUGGUGGUGCUCUUCAUUACACUACUAUUGGAACUCUUACUAAGCAUGAUACUAUGUUGAGAGCAAUGUUCAGUGGUAGGAUGGAGGUGUUGACUGAUUCUGAAGGUUGGGUUCUUAUUGAUAGAUGUGGAAAACAUUUUGGUGCCAUUUUAAAUUUCCUCAGAGAUGGUAUUGUACCUCUUCCUGAGUCUGCCAAGGAGACCGCUGAACUCUUGGCAGAAGCUAAAUAUUAUUGUAUUUUAGAAUUAGCUUCUGCUUGUGAACAGGCUUUACUUAAAAAAGAAAGAGAAGCUGAGCCUAUUUGUCGUGUGCCAUUAAUAACUUCACAGAAAGAAGAGCAGUUGCUUAUUAAUUCUACAUCAAAGCCUGUUGUAAAAUUAUUAAUUAAUCGACACAACAAUAAAUAUUCUUAUACCAGCACAUCAGAUGACAAUUUGCUCAAGAAUAUAGAACUUUUUGAUAAACUAUCUUUGAGAUUUAGUGGGCGUGUUCUGUUUAUAAAAGAUGUCAUCGGCUCAAGUGAGAUUUGCUGUUGGGGCUUCUAUGGUCAUGGAAAGAAAGUUGCAGAAGUUUGUUGUACAUCAAUAGUUUAUGCCACAGACAAAAAACAUACUAAGGUUGAAUUUCCUGAAGCUCGUAUAUAUGAAGAAACCUUAAACAUCUUGUUGUAUGAAAAUCGUGUGGGGCCUGAUCAAGAAUUAAUGCAGGCUACAUCGUCAAGAGGUGCAGGGCUGUCAUCCUACACUUCUGAUGAAGAAGAGGAGAGAUCAGGGCUCGCUCGGCUCAGUGAAAUUCGGUAGUCCAGUGAAUGUUAUUUAAAUCAAGUUCAAAGUUUUACCAGUGAGAGUGAACAUUCUCUGCAACAGCUUAGCUAAGCUUGAAGUCAUAUUAUACAGCAAGUUUUAAAUAAACACACAAACCAAAAAUUACAAAUCAACUGACCUUAUUUGCACGAAAAGGAUUCCAUUAAUGACAUUGAGCAUAUCAAGAACCGAUCCCAUUGAAGGGGGUUGUAUUUGAAUCGGAGGAAGACCUGCACCUGGUUUGCCUGUGUAUAUCUCGUUCAUCUUCUUCUGGAGGACGACUGCUUGAUGUGUUAAAUGCCUGAGGCAUUCGGAAGACUCCUUUGUUUUUUCAUGGUCCUCUCCCAACUGACAUCAUAAAAAUUAGUAUUUGUCAUUCAUUA